UAUGACAAGGCCCGAGAAUAUCAACAGAAAGCACUCGCUAUCCGAAUAGAAAUUGGUGACAGGGAUGGAGAAGCAUCAAGUUACGGAAACCUUGGAGCUUUGUUCCAAUCACUGGGUCAAUAUGACAAGGCCCGAGAAUAUCAGGAGAAAGCACUCGCUAUCAGAAUAGAAAUUGGUGACAGGAAUGGAGAAACAUCAAGCUACGGAAACCUAGGAACUUUGUUCCGAUCACUCGGUCAAUAUGACAAGGCCCGAGAAUAUCAGGAAAAAGCACUAGCUAUGACAAUAGAAAUUGGGGACAGGAAUGGAGAAGCAUCAAACUACGGAAACCUAGGAACUUUGUUCCGAUUGCUCGGUCAGUACGACAAGGCCCGAGAAUAUCAGGAGAAAGCACUCGCUAUCACAAUAGAAAUUGGUGACAAGGAUGGAGAAGCAAAAAGCUACGGAAACCUAGGAACUUUGUUCCAAUCGCUUGGUCAAUAUGAAAAGGCCCGAGAAUAUCAGGAGGAAGCACUCGCUAUUAGAAUAGAAAUUGGUGACAGGAAUGGAGAAGCAACAAGCUGCGGGAACCUAGGAACUUUGUUCCAAUCACUCGCUCAAUAUGACAAGGCCCGAGAAUAUCAGGAGAAAGCACUCGCUAUCAAAAUGGAAAUUGGUGACAGGAAUGGAGAAGCAUCAAUCUACGGAAACCUAGGAACUUUGUUCCAAUCACUCGCUCAAUAUAACAAAGCCCGAGAAUAUCAGGAGAAAGCACUCGCUAUCAAAAUAGAAAUUGGUGCCAGGAAUGGAGAAGCAUCAAGCUACGGAAACCUAGGAACUUUGUUCCAAUCGCUCGGUCAAUAUGACAAGGCCCGAGAAUAUCAGGAGAAAGCACUCGCUAUCAAAAUAGAAAUUGGUGACAGGCAUGGAGAAGCAACAUGCUACGGAAACCUAGGAACUUUGUUCCAAUCCCUCGGUCAAUAUGACAAGGCCCGAGAAUAUCAGGAGAAAGCACUCGCUAUCAGAAUAGAAAUUGGUGACAGGCAUAGAGAAGCAACAAGCUACGGAAACCUGGGAACUUUGUUCCAAUCACUCGCUCAAUAUGACAAGGCCCGAGAAUAUCAGGAGAAAGCACUCGCUAUCACAAUAGAAAUUGGUAAAAGGGAUGGAGAAGCAUCAAGCUACGGAAACCUAGGAACUUUGUUCCAAUCGCUCGGUCAAUAUGACAAGGCCCGAGAAUAUCAGGAAAAAGCACUCGAUAUCACAAUAGAAAUUGGUGACAGGCAUGGAGAAGCAUCAAGCUACGAGAACCUAGGAAGUUUGUUCCGAUCACUCAGUCAAUAUGACAAGGCCCGAGAAUAUCAGGAGAAAGCACUCGCCAUCAGAAUAGAAAUUAAUGACAGGGAUGGAGAAGCAACAAGCUACGGAAACCUUGGAACUUUGUUCCAAUCACUCGCUCAAUAUGACAAGGCCCGAGAAUAUCAGGAGAAAGCACUCGCUAUUACAAUAGAAAUUGGUAAAAGGGAUGGAGAAGCAUCAAGCUACGGAAACCUAGGAACUUUGUUCCAAUCGCUCGGUCAAUAUGACAAGGCCCGAGAAUAUCAGGAAAAAGCACUCGAUAUCACAAUAGAAAUUGGUGACAGGGAUGGAGAAGCAUCAAGCUACGAGAACCUAGGAAGUUUGUUCCGAUCACUCAGUCAAUAUGACAAGGCCCGAGAAUAUCAGGAGAAAGCACUCGCCAUCAGAAUAGAAAUUAAUGACAGGGAUGGAGAAGCAACAAGCUACAGAAACCUAGGAACUUUCUUCCAAUCACUCGCUCAAUAUGACAAGGCCCGAGAAUAUCAGGAGAAAGCACUCGCUAUCAGAAUAGAAAUUGGAGACAGGAAUGGAGAAGCAUCAAGCUACGGAAACCUAGGAACUUUGUUCCAAUCACUCGCUCAAUAUGACCUGGCCCGAGAAUAUCAGGAGAAAGCACUCGCUAUCAGAAUAGAAAUUGGUGACAGGCAUGGAGAAGCAACAAGCUACAGAAACCUUGGAACUUUGUUCCGAUCACUCGCUCAAUAUGACAAGGCCCGAGAGUAUCAGGAGAAAGCACUCGCUAUCAGAAUAGAAAUUGGUGACAGGCAUGGAGAAGCAACAAGCUACGGAAACCUUGGAGCUUUGUUCCAAUCACUCGCUCAAUAUGACAAGGCCCGAGAAUAUCAGGAGAAAGCACUCGCUAUCAAAAUAGAAAUUGGUGACAGGAAUGGAGAAGCAUCAAGUUACGGAAACCUAGGAACUUUGUUCCAAUCCCUCGGUCAAUAUGACAAGGCCCGAGAAUAUCAGGAGGAAGCACUCGUUAUCACAAUAGAAAUUGGGGACAGGAAUGGAGAAGCAACAAGCUACAGAAACCUAGGAACGUUGUUCCAAUCCCUCGGUCAAUAUGACAAGGCCCGAGAAUAUCAGGAGAAAGCACUCGAUAUCACAAUAGAAAUUGGUGACAGGAAUGGAGAAGCAACAAGCUACGGAAACCUAGGAACUUUGUUCCAAUCGCUCGGUCAAUAUGACAAGGCCCGAGAAUAUCAGGAGAAAGCACUCGCUAUCACAAUUGAAAUUGGUGACAGGAGUGGAGAGGCAACAAGCUACGGAAACCUAGGAGCUUUGUUCCAAUCACUCGCUCAAUAUGACAAGGCCCGAGUAUAUCAGGAGAAAGCACUCGCUAUCACAAUAGAAAUUGGUGAAAGGGAUGGAGAAGCAUCAAGCUACGGAAACCUAGGAACUUUGUUCCAAUCCCUCGGUCAAUAUGACAAGACCCGAAAAUAUCAGGAGAAAGCACUCGCUAUCACAAUAGAAAUUGGUGACAGCAAUGGAGAAGGAACAAGCUACGGAAACCUAGGAACUUUGUUCCAGUCACUCGGUCAAUAUGACAAGGCCCGAGAAUAUCUUGAGAAAGCACUCGCUAUCAAAAUGGAAAUUGGUGACAGGAAUGGAGAAGCAUCAAGCUACGGAAACCUAGGAACUUUGUUCCAAUCACUCGGUCAAUAUGACAAGGCCCGAGAAUAUCAGGAGAAAGCACUCGCUUUCACAAUAGAAAUUGGUGACAGGAAUCGAGAAGCAUCAAGCUACGGAAGCCUAGGAAGUUUGUUCCAAUCACUCGCUCAAUAUGACAAGGCCCGAAAAUAUCAGGAGAAAGCACUUGCUAUCAGAAUAGAAAUUGGUGACAGGAAUGGAGAAGCAACAAGCUACGGAAACCUUGGAACUUUGUUCCGAUCACUCGGUCAAUAUGACAAGGCCCGAGAAUAUCAAGAGAAAGCACUCGCUAUCAGAAUAGAAGUUGGUGACAGGAAUGGAGAAGCAUCAAGCUACGAGAACCUAGGAACUUUGUUCCAAUCACUCGGUCAAUAUGACAAGGCCCGAGAGUAUCAGGAGAAAGCAAUCGCUAUCAGAAUAGAAAUUACUGACAGGGAUGGAGAAGCAACAAGCUACGGAAACCUAGGAACUUUGUUCCAAUCGCUCGGUCAAUAUGACAAGGCCCGAGAAUAUCAGGAGAAAGCACUCGCUAUCAGAAUAGAAAUUGGUGGCAGGAAUGGAGAAGCAUCAAGCUACGGAAACCUAGGAACUUUGUUCCGAUCACUCGGUCAAUAUGACAAGGCCCGAGAAUAUCAGGAGAAAGCACUCGCUAUCCGAAUAGAAAUUGGUGACAGGAAUGGAGAAGCAACAAGCUACGGAAACCUAGGAACUUUGUUCCAAUCACUCGGUCAAUAUGACAAGGCCCGAGAAUACCAGGAGAAAGCACUCGCUAUCAGAAUAGAAAUUGGUGACAGGAAUGGAGAAGCAUCAAGCUACGGAAACCUAGGAACUUUGUUCCAAUCACUCGGUCAAUAUGACAAGGCCCGAGAAUAUCAGGAGAAAGCACUCUUUAUCAGAAUAGAAAUUAAUGACAGGGAUGGAGAGGCAACAAGCUACGGAAACCUUGGAACUUUGUUCCAAUCGUUUGGUCAAUAUAACAAGGCUCGAGAAUAUCAGGAGAAAGCACUCGCUAUCAGAAUAGAAAUUGGUGACAGGCAUGGAGAAGCAACAAGCUACGGAAACCUAGGAACUUUGUUCCAAUCGCUUGGUCAAUAUGACAAGGCCCGAGAAUAUCAGGAGAAAGCACUCGAUAUCACAAUAGAAAUUGGUGACAGGAAUGGAGAAGCAACAAGCUACGGAAACCUAGGAACUUUGUUCCAAUCGCUCUUUCAAUAUGACAAGGCCCGAGAAUAUGAGGAGAAAGCACUUGCUAUCACAAUAGAAAUUGGUGACAGGAAUGGAGAAGCAUCAAGCUACGGAAACCUAGGAACUUUGUUCCAAUCGCUCGGUCAAUAUGACAAGGCCCGAGAAUAUCAGGAGAAAGCACUCGCUAUCAGAAUAAAAAUUAAUGACAGGGAUGGAGAAGCAUCAAGCUACGGAAACCUAGGAACUUUGUUCCAGUCACUCGGUCAAUACGACAAGUCCCGAGAAUAUCAGGAGAAAGCACUCGCUAUCAAAAUAGAAAUUGGAGACAGGAAUGGAGAGGCAACAAGCUACGGAAACCUAGGAACUUUUUUCCAAUCACUCGCUCAAUAUGACAAGGCCCGAGAAUAUCAGGAGAAAGCACUCGCUAUCAGAACAGAAAUUGGUGACAGGCAUGGAGAAGCAAUAAGCUAUGGAAACCUCACAUUUUUGUUUCUCUCACUAGGCAUGUAUGCAAAGGCUGACGGCUAUCUAAAGAAGGCAAUGGCAGUUAGAAAGAGUAUCGAUGAUAGAAUCGGAGAAGCAGCAGACUACAUAAACCUUACUGUAAUUUCUUGUAAGCGUGGUGAAUAUGACAAGGCUCAAGAAUAUUGCGAGAAAGCUCUUUCAAUUUGCAUGGACAUCGGUGAUAGAGAAAAAGUAGUAGUCUGCUACAUCAAUUUAGGAUUGUGUUACCAAUCUCUUGGUAAAAGUGACAUAGCCGAAGGAUACCUUAAGCAAGCUCUUUUAUUAAGUAGGGAUAUUGGACACAACUUGAACGAGUUUUGCUGCCUUUGUGAUCUAGCGGUGUUAAUGGUGUCACAAGGUCAUCUUGAAGAGGCUCUUUGGUAUCUUUUUCAAGCCAUCCAAAAGUUCGACACUUUGAGAGGUUUUCUUAAAGAAAACGAUGAGUCUCAAAUAUCUCUUUUAGAGAGGUACGGCACCUUUCCCUACAUGUUGUUCAGCAGGUUGCUCUCUGUCACUGGUAAGCCGCAAGACGCCCUUUAUGUCGAAGAGCUGAGAAGGGCAAGAGGCCUGGCCGACUUGAUGACAGAUCGGUACUCUGUUCAAGAGCAGAUCUCAAGCGAUCCACAAUCUUGGUGUGGUAUUCAAGGGAUCAUCAGAAAAGAAGCAGACUGUGCAUGCCUGUACAUUUCGGUUGGUGAAAUUUACGUACGACUUUGGAUAAUAAAAGCAACGGGAGCUAUUCUUUUUUCACAAAAGAAAGUGAACCUGGACCCAAACAAGGUGACCGGAAUAGUCCCUGAGUUAGAUGACUUUUUUAAAGAACUGAUGUCACCUCUUAACUGUCAUUACUAUGAUACCGAAGAUUUCAAAACAAGUCUUCACUUGUGUUACAACAUAAUCAUUGCUCCCGUGGCCAGUUUACUGAAGCAGUCCGAGAUCAUAAUUGUGCCUGAUUCCUGUGUGUACCAUGUGCCAUUUGCAGCCUUGACUGACGAAGGAGGCAAGUAUUUAUCUGAGACAUGCAGGAUUCGGCUGGUUCCUUCUCUCACGACUCUAAAGCUUGUGCAAGACAGUCCUCCAAACCAUCACAGUCAGACCGGGGCUCUGAUAGUGGGUGACCCUGUGGUUGGAAAGGUGAUUCACAAGGGAAGGUGCAGAAAUAUGAUACCAUUGCCGUGUGCAAGAAAGGAAGCAGAGAUGAUUGGAACACUUCUUGGCGUAAGGCCUUUAAUAGGAGAGUCCGCUACUAAGCAUUCUGUACUCCAAGCGAUAAAUUCAGUGAGCCUGAUACACAUUGCUGCGCAUGGAGAUCCCGAAAGAGGGGAGAUUGCUCUUUCUCCUGAGCACCCUACCCUAUUCCGACCUUUUCCUCGAGAAGAAGAGUAUCUUUUGACGAUGGCAGAUAUUUCAAAAACUCGGUUGCGAGCUAAACUAGUGGUGCUUAGUUGUUGUCACAGUGCUCGUGGACAGAUUAGAACCGAGGGAGUUAUUGGAAUUGCCCGAGCUUUCUUAGGAGCCGGAGCUCGUUCAGUGUUAGCUGCACGAUGGGCCCUGGAUGACACAGCCACAGAGCAGUUCAUGACUUGUUUCUACAAACAUUUGUACCGCGGUGAAAGCGCAAGUGAAUCUCUCCACAAGGCCAGGAAGUGGAUGAGAAAUAACGGCUUUGAUAAAGUUUCUCAAUGGGCGCCAUUUAUGAUCAUGGGCGACAACGUGACAUUUGAUUUUGUAAAUUGA